AUGGAACAAUACUUACCACAAGCUAAGGAAUUUAUUUCAUUUAUUGAUAAAUCACCAUCACCAUAUCAUGCAGUUCAAUACUUUUCAGAGAUUUUAAAGAGUAAAGGUUUCAUUCAUUUAUCAGAGAAACAAAUGUGGGAUAUUCAACCAAAUAAAAAAUAUUUCUUUACUCGUAAUCAAUCAUGUAUUUCUGCUUUUGCAGUUGGUGGUAAAUAUAAACCAGGUAAUGGUUUUAAUAUUGCAGCAGCACAUACUGAUAGUCCAAAUUUUAAAGUUAGACCAGUAUCAAAAGUUGAAUCAGUUGGAUAUCAACAAGUUGGUGUUGAAACAUAUGGUGGUGGAUUAUGGUAUACAUGGUUUGAUCGUGAUUUAACCGUUGCAGGUAGAGUCAUUGUUAAAUCAGGUGAUGGUAGUUAUGAGAGUAAAUUAGUUCACAUAAAGAAACCAAUUCUUAGAAUUCCAUCAUUAGCAAUUCAUCUCGAUCGUUCAGUAAACACUGAUGGAUUUAAAUAUAAUACUCAAAAUCAUUUAGUACCAAUGAUUGCAAGUAAAUUAUCAGAACCAGUAGAAAGUAAAUCAACCACCACCACCACCACCACUGAAUCACCAAAAACAAGUGACCCACAAGAUGUUAAUUCAAGUACUACUAAACAUCAUGCAGUACUUUUGGAAUUGUUAAGUAAGGAAUUGGGUUGUUCAGUUGGUGAUAUUCAAAACUUUGAUUUAUCAGUUUGCGAUACUCAACCAGCUGCAAUCGGUGGUGCACUUGAUGAAUUCAUUUUCUCACCACGUUGUGAUAAUUUGGGUAUGUCAUAUUGCGCAAUGAUUGGUUUAUUGAAUGUCAAAGAAUCAACAUUGGCACAAGAGGAGAAUGUAUUGAAUGUGAUAUUAUUCGAUAAUGAAGAGGUUGGCUCAAGUUCACCACAAGGUGCAUGUGCACCAUUGAUCAAUGAUACCAUUAGUCGUGUCAAUAGCUCAAUGUUUGCAUCCACUUGUAAACCACAUGAAUUAAACAAUUUCAUUGAUUUAACUUUAAGAAAUAGUUUCUUAAUCUCUGCUGAUAUGGCACAUGCUAUUCAUCCAAAUUACACAGCAAAUCAUGAACCACUUCAUAGACCAGCUCUUAAUAAAGGUCCAGUAAUCAAAUAUAAUGCAAAUUUACGUUAUGCUUCAAAUGGUCCAACUAGUUUUGUUAUCUUGGAUAUCUGUAAAAAGAAUGGUAUCCCAAUUCAAGAAUUCCUCGUCAAAAAUGAUUCACCAUGUGGUUCAACAAUUGGUCCAAUCAUUUCUGGUACUUAUGGUAUUAGAACUGUAGAUAUUGGUAAUCCACAAUUAUCAAUGCAUUCAAUUCGUGAAACUUGUGGUGUUGCUGAUAUCACUCAUGGUAUUAAUUUAAUUCAAAAAUAUUUUGAACAAUUUACAAAAUUAGAUAUUAUUAAAUCUGAUUUAGAAUAA